CAACACGAUUUCCGGUUUUGAAAAAUUAUUUCCCCUGAUCCUUCUACAUAAUUUUAUUUCAAAUACUGAAAAGGUAUCGUUGUGUUAUGCAGAUAUGACUGAAGUACCAAAGGCAUUAGAAUUAAUGUCUGAUUUGAGAAGUAAGACACAAGAUGUCAUUAACCAUACAGACAAUAUUUUAAAGAAGGCCAAGGGAGGACAGUAUGAUACAUCAAAGGGAAUCAGUUUUCUUGAAACUAAGUACCAGCUGUUGCUAAGUUAUUUAAUUAACUCAACAUACCUAUUCCAUAAGAAGACCAGCAGCCAGUCGAUCAGUGAUGAUCCUUCUAUAGAACGACUUGUAGAGAUUCGUACUGUAUUGGAGAAGAUGAGACCUAUAGAUCAGAAACUCAAGUAUCAGAUAGAUAAAGUGAUUAAAACAGCUACUACUGGAGGAACAGAUGAAGCAGAUCCACUAAGAUUUAAAGCCAAUCCUAAUAAUUUCACUAACAAGUUAGAUGAUGAAGAUGAAGAUGAAUCAGGAACAGAUGAGGACAAUGAUACAAAGUCUACCAAAAAAUCAAAAGUUUACGUUCCACCAAAACUUACACCAGUACAUUAUGACUUGGAUGAAACAGUAAAAGAUAAAGAAACUAAGGCAAUGGAGAGAGCCAAAAAGAGAGCUUUAAGUAGUAGUAUACUGAAAGAACUGAGAGAUGAAUAUUAUGAAGGACCAGAAGAAGUCAAGGAAAGUAUUGACUUACACAGAUUUAAAGCCAACAAGAAAGCUAAAGAAAGAACAGAGUACGAAGAAGAGAGAAUGAUGAGAAUGUCUAUAUCAAAGAAAGAUAAGAAUGCUAUGAGAAAAUUAGGAACUUUAUCAUCUUUAAAUAACCUGACCCAGUUUGAUGAUAUCAGUAUUUUAGAUGAGGAAAGACAAGGAGAAUUUUCUAUGGAAAAAGGGAAGAAAAGAAAAUUUAACAGCAAGGUAAGAAGCAUAUUUCUGUAA